ACCGGGAGAGGACGGAGUCUGUGAAGCCAAGGUGUGUGGCGUCGUGGGGGGCCAUGGCGGAGGUCCUGCGCGAGCUGGUGCGGGUGUCGGAGAAAGCGGCCGACAUCGCCCGGGCCUGCCGGCAGCAGGACACCCUCUUCCAGCUCCUGGUGGAGGAGAAGAAGGACGGAGACAAGAACAAGAAGUUCGUCAACGAUUUCAAAACGCUGGCGGACGUCCUGGUGCAGGAGGUCAUAAAGCACCACCUGGGGCAGAAGUUUCCAGGGCUGGAGGAGCACGUGGCCGGGGAGGAGUCCAAUGAGUUCACCAAUGAGCUGGGGGAGAGGAUCACCGUGGGGGUCCGGCCCACAGAGGCGGAGACCCGGCAGCUGCUCAGCAAGGUCCUGGACGGGCACGACCUGGCGGCGGCCGCCCUGGCCAGAGCCGUCCACCGCGAGCCCGCGCCGGCCGACCCCGCUCUGGAGGCCCUGACGGUGGCCGUCCCGCUGGACAGCUUGGGGGUGUGGGUGGACCCCAUAGACUCCACGUACCAGUACAUACAAGGCUCCGUGGAGGUGGAGCCCGUGGCAGGCGUGUUCCCGCGCGGCCUGCAGUGCGUGACCAUCCUGAUCGGCGUGUUCGACCGGCUGAGCGGGGAGCCCCUCAUGGGCGUCAUCAACCAGCCCUUCGCGGAGCGGGAGCCCGGCACCGGCAGGUGGAGCGGGCGGUGCUGCUGGGGCCUCUCCUACCUGGGCACCAACGUCCACUCGCUGCCCCCGGCGCCCGGCGGCCCCGAGGACGCGCCCGGCCGCCCGGCCUCGGCCGUGGUCAGCUCGAGCGAGAAGGAGGAGGUGCGGGCGGCGCUGGGCCGGGCCUGCGGCGGGGGCGUGCGCCAGGCGGCCGGCGCCGGCUACAAGAGCCUGUGCGUGGUCCGCGGGCUGGCCGACUUCUACGUCUUCUCGGAGGACACCACCUUCAAGUGGGACUCGUGCGCCGGGCACGCCAUCCUCAGGGCGCUGGGCGGCGGCAUGGCCGACUGGCGGGAGAGCCUCCGGCCCGGGCCCGCCCGGGCCCCGCCGCCCCUGCGCUACCACGAGGGCGUCCGAGGGGCCGUCGGCGUGGACCGCUGGGCCAACCGGGGCGGGCUGGUGGCCUACCGCUCGGUGGCCCGGCUGCAGCGCCUGCUGGCCCAGCUGAGGGAGAACCCGGGCCUCCGGGGCCCUGCCCCCUGAGCCGGUCGAGGCCCGACGGGCGCACCUCCACCGACGGGCCCGCAGGCCACGGCCCUCGCCGUCACCCGCUCCCAGCCGUUUCCCCGGGAAAUAUCCCGUCCUCCACGCGUCCCCGCUGCCCGCUAGCGCUGCCGGAAACCCGGCCGUCCAUCCAGAAACCCUCUUUUGAUGACAGCGUUUAUUAAGCGCUUACUAUGUGCUCUAAGCGCCGGGGCAGGUUGUCCCACUGGGGGC